GUUCAAUCGCAGGCGACUCUCGCGAUCUGCCUGCGUCUCUGGCAAGUGGUUAUAUAACUUUUCAGUCGUCAAGUCCGUACUUCUCCGAGCGGCCUAAGUCUUUGCACACCACUCGCAACUGCUCCUUCGCCUCCCACCCAUCUCACGCUCCGCUUUGAUUGGCGCUACGUGUCAGUUCUAAGCCAAAAUGAGUGAAUCAGCUCAUGUGUUCAACCUCCCCAGGACUGCGGCCUCUUCUACCGAGAAUAUCCACGGUGGUAUCGACCAGCUUUCCGCCCUAGCCGAAGGCAGCAGGAGGAGGCAGCAGUCCCAGCAACCGCGCCAGCUGCUAUCGUGCACCAAGUGCCGCGAACGAAAAGUCAAGUGCGAUCGUACAAAACCGUGCUCAGCAUGCUGUGCCCGUGGAGCACCCAAGGAGUGCCACUUCAUUGCAGAAGGUGGCGACUAUGCGCCGAUCCAGCAGUCUUACGAGCUUCGCAAGCUCCGCGCCGAGAACCUUCGUCUAAAGGAGCGAUUACGUGCCUGCAAAAUUCCGAUCGAGGAUGAUGGAUCGGACCUCGCUGCAUCGCCAGAUUCGCAGCUCGGCGAACGCCCAGCCAGUUCAUCGCAGAAACGUCGUGCCGCAAGGCAAAGACGCUUUCAAGGCUCCGAGUGGUCUGAUAGCAUCUACUUUGGAAGCCCAGGACUCGCCAAUGUCAUCACCGAUUUUGCCACUAUCAAUCUUGCGCCAAUGUCCACACAGUCUCUCGCUCAUCUGAUGCCUCGUGGUCCGGACAUGUACACCACCAAGAAUCCACCACCUCAUCCUUUUCCUACACUCUUCCCAGCAACGCCAGAAGAGUGCAUUCCACAGUUAUUGCGCUGCCUCCCCUCCAGAGCUCAACUAUUGGAGUAUCUCACUUUCUUUGAGAAGCGUGUCCACAUUUGCGCAUUCCCGCAUGUCCCGUUGGAGAUAACGAGGAGCGAGGUCGAGCGCUUCCUGUCCGAUCCGGAAAGGAAUGCCCAGAUGUGUCCAGAUAUGCUAGCGCUGCUCUUCGCAGCCCUCGCGCUAGGCUCUCAACAUUCUGCUUGGGACAAAGCCGGCGGUCAAUGGAAAGCGGAUGUUAUGGACCAGGAAUUGCAGAAAGGCAACGUUUACAUCGCGGCAGCCAUGCAAGCACUACGCAUGGCUUCUUUCAUGCACAAGCCGACGCUCCUCGGUAUCCAGGCCCUCCUCAUGAUCGGUCCAUUCCUGACGAACAGCGGCCGCUUCUUGGAUGCUUGGACAUUGUUUGGAACUACCAUCAGGCUGGCCCACUCGAUCGGUCUCCAUAGACACCCCAAAUACCUCGAUCCCGCACCGCCGACGCAAAGGGAGAUCUCUAUACGCCAGACUCUGUGGUGGUGGAUGCUGCACAUGGACCAAGAGUACUCCAUGACGCUAGGCCGACCACUGGGGAUCAGUGGACUUGGAGAUUGCCCUCCGCCGUAUGAGCUGACGACUGACCCGAAAAUGCUACGAUUUGGAGAGUUCGUAAAUCACUUCACACUACUGGCACGGCAGAUACUGAGCAGCGACCGCUUGACCAAUAAUAAGAUCGACGAGUUUACCGAUCAGCUAAAAGGAUUGCUGGACACGAUGCCAGAGAUGCUUCAAUUUGACGAGUCGUGGCUGGAUGAAGGCAAGGAACUACCGGAAUGGCCACUGGGAGCCAUGGCUGCUGGUUUGUCAUUCCCGGCCCUCUCCAGCGUACUUUGGACGGCACUCUUACACUCCCUAGUAUUCUACUGCAAGACUCACACUUACCUCAUCUUACUCAACCGUCAACGGAUCGAAAAACAGGCGGUGCAACCAAUAUCGCACCAAAUGCCCUCCUCGACGGCCAGGGCUCCGUUGCCCUCCUUUCCUGCGGCCAACCAUCCAUCAUCCUCGCACCCCUCUCCCACGGCGUCAUCGAAAGCCUCACUCCGGGGACGCCCAUUAGUCUUGUCGUCAUCCGAAGAUCUCCUAACAGCUUUUCUUUUCUUCUACGCUCGCGUUCCCGCAGCGCAGAUCUGCUGGACCAUGGGACAGCAAGCUUUCAAUUCGUGCAUGAUACUAGUGCUCGAUGCAAUGGAGACUGGAGAUCUCAGCCGCAUGGAAAGAGUGGAGAAAGCAUAUCAUGUGUUCCGGGAGCUGGAUAACAACGGUGUGCAUAAGCUCGCCUCAAUGGCUGUCGAGAGGGUAAGCUGGGGACUGGCCGAGCUGGGAAGACAGCGGGCUGCAAACGUCGGAAUGCAACGGAGCAGCUCCACAAGAGGGGCAAAUGCAGGCUGUGAUGUCGAAAUGCAGGGAGCCGUUGGAAGUGAGGCGAUGCAGGGUUCAACAGUCAAGCAUGACACGGUCAUGGGCAACACAGGCAUGCUAUUGCUGGAGGACCCUGGGUUACAAUCUUUUGUUCCCGAAGCCUUCGCACCGAUAACCUGGGCCACGGCAGGGGCUGGCAUGGGGAGUACGACAUCGGUAGCGAUGCAAGUCAAGGAAGAGCGGGAGCGAAGACAGGGCGAGGAAACACAAUUCGACGACUGGAAGCCGGCGCGGGCGAAGGACCGGGCUCGCGAUGUUCGAUCUUCGGAACAGGUGCAGGCAGCACAAGGAUCGGCCCCAGGAUCGGCACCAUUACGAUACGCGACGUUUUGUACAGCGCCAUUACAGGAACAGUCCCAGCCACAGGGUCUGACGUCUCCGACAUCGCCUCCAUCACCCACGGGCUUGAUGCACGAGCAACAUCAUCAUCAACAUCACGACCUCCAUGGAUCAUCCACGGGCCUUCAUCAGCUUCCGCCGCCUCACUCACGGAAUCACUCGUAUCCAUCACUCCACCACCAUGUUCCCGCCCCAGCGGCUCCUCAACAUCAUUAUUCAUGCGCACGGGUACAGCAGCACCAGGAUUCAAAUUUGAAUGCAAGGGUGUCGGGCGGGGUUGUAGUGGUAGACUCGGCGACCAAGAGAGACACCACUCGGGAAGACGCACUGGAAGCAGCACCACCCUACGAGAAAACCAUGCCUCUAUUCGCCAGAUCACAACCCUUAUUGCAGGCUCUUCCUGAGUUCGCCGCACCAACAAUGGCGAUAGCCGCGCAACCGAUUCACCAUCCCACCGGCAACCCGAACGUUUAUCCAUCAUGGGCGGCUCGGCCCGCAGCUCCAAUCCCCAGUGUUUCAGAGCCGGCCUUGAGCUUCUCGCACAUGUCGGACCACUCGCAGGCCAUCCCUGUCUUCUCUCAUCAGACAUCGCAGCAGAGGCCAGCUGCGCCUACUGCCCCGGCCUGGCAAUACACGUUCCCCUUCCACCUCUCCUCCGGUGGCCAUGAUGCCCCGCAAAGCGUUGCAGCGAUUGCAGGGCCCGACGCGGAGCAGACGGAGAUGGAGGGAUGGAGGAGUUGGGCCGGCAGUAGCGAAGCCAGGUAGCUUGCUUCCCUGCUCUGUUGUCCGCCCCAUCGUCCGUGUGGGCGUGUUUUUAUUAUCUUGUUUCGGAUUUCGGAUUUCCUGCUCCGCUUUCGCGUUCGAGUCAGUCCCUUCACUACACUGUUGUUUUAUUAGGGGAGCAUUAUUAGCAGCAUCCCACAUAGACCAUUGGCAGGUUAGCUCUUUCCUUCAUUUCCCAUCUGUAGCACCUUCCUCUUGGGAG